GCAAAAGCAGUUCUCAAAUUCAUUGAAGCCAUUUCUGAGAAGACUCUACGGUGCACUGUGGCAUUAACAGCAGCCAGGGGACGUGGUAAAUCUGCGGCUUUGGGACUUGCUAUUGCUGGAGCAGUAGCUUUUGGUUACUCCAAUAUCUUUGUCACAUCUCCAAGCCCUGAUAACCUUCACACUCUCUUUGAGUUCAUAUUUAAAGGCUUUGAUGCACUGCAGUACCAGGAACACCUGGACUAUGAGAUUGUUCAGUCUUUAAAUCCAGAGUUUAACAAGGCUGUUGUCAGAGUGAAUGUGUUCAAGGAGCACAGACAGACCAUUCAGUAUAUACACCCCGCGGAUUCCGUGAAACUGGGUCAAGCUGAACUUGUUGUGAUUGAUGAAGCUGCUGCCAUUCCUCUACCCCUGGUGAAAAACCUGCUGGGCCCUUACCUGGUUUUCAUGGCUUCUACAAUCAACGGGUAUGAGGGUACUGGUCGAUCACUGUCUCUGAAGCUCAUUCAGCAGCUCCGUCAGCAGAGUGCCCAAGCCCAAGUCACCAUGACAGCAGAGAACAAAUCUACAGCUACAGCUAAACUCAGCUCAGCUCGUACAUUGCAUGAAGUCUCUCUCCAUGAGUCAAUCAGAUAUGCCCCUGGUGACCCGGUUGAAAAGUGGCUGAAUGAUCUGCUGUGUUUGGAUUGUCUCAACAUCACCAGAAUUAUCUCCGGCUGCCCGCUGCCUGAGACUUGUGACCUAUAUUACGUAAAUAGGGACACACUUUUUUGUUACCACAGGGCAUCGGAAGUUUUUCUGCAGCGACUUAUGGCCCUCUAUGUGGCUUCACACUACAAGAACUCACCCAAUGACCUCCAGAUGCUAUCUGAUGCACCCGCCCAUCAUCUUUUUUGCCUUUUGCCGCCUGUUCCACCUACCCAGAAUUCGUUACCAGAAGUACUUGCUGUUGUUCAGGUGUGCAUGGAGGGCGAGAUCUCCCGCCAGUCUAUCAUGAACAGCCUUUCUAGGGGAAAGAAGGCUUCUGGUGACCUUAUUCCCUGGACCAUUUCAGAGCAGUUCCAAGAUCCAGACUUCGGGGGCCUCUCUGGGGGGCGUAUUGUUCGCAUCGCAGUUCAUCCGGAUUAUCAGGGGAUGGGCUACGGCAGCAGAGCUCUGACUUUACUGCAGAUGUACUAUGAAGGCAAAUUCCCGUGUUUGGAUGAAAAAACAGUUCAAAAGCCAAAAGAAAUUGUAACUGUAAGCAGCGAGACUGUUAGUUUAUUAGAGGAGGUUGUGACACCUCGGAAAGACUUGCCUCCUUUACUUCUCAAACUGAGCGAGAGACAAGCUGAAAACCUAGACUAUCUGGGGGUAUCUUACGGCCUGACACCAAGACUACUCAAGUUUUGGAAACGUGCUGGAUUUGUGCCAGUUUAUCUGAGGCAGACACCAAAUGACCUGACUGGUGAGCAUUCGUGCAUCAUGCUGAAGACGUUGAACGAAGAGGACACUGAACAGGAGCCUUGGCUUAUUGCCUUCUGGAAAGAUUUUAGGAGGCGGUUCCUUUCUCUGCUUUCCUACCAGUUCAGCACAUUCUCUCCUUCGUUGGCACUGAAUGUUCUACAGAAUAAAAAUGUCAAACAGCCGCCACAGCCGCCUAUCAGCCGUGCUGAAUUAGAAUCGGUUUUCAUUCCGUAUGACCUGAAGAGAUUGGAGAUGUACUCUCGCAACAUGGUGGACUAUCAUCUCAUCAUGGAUAUGGUACCUGCCGUUGCCAGGAUGUUCUUUCUCAACCAGAUGGGUGAUAUCUCUCUCUCUGCUGCACAGUCGGCCCUUUUUCUGGGGAUUGGCCUACAGCAUAAAUCUCUGGAGCAACUGGAAAAGGAGGUGGAACUGCCCAGCAGUCAGAUGAUGGGUCUCUUCAACAGAAUCAUCCGCAAAGUAGUUCAG